AUGCCUUGCUUCAAGGGCCUUGCUGUGAGCAUACACACCCCAAAUGGGCCUUUACCAGAACACUCGGUACAGAGAACAUCCCGCCUGUCUCGAAUCAGCACAUAUAUCCCUGUCCCUCCUGCGCGGAUACCUGCCGACUCUGUCACUGGCAAGCCUGAACAAUCUACAUUUGCCAUUUCCAUCACUCUGCUCACCCCUAACCAAGAAGUACCCUACUCGACACCCAAAAGUACUCCGGAACGACCCAAUCCGAAACCUAAGCUUGUUGGAGGACUUCCAGGUCACACAAGUGACAUUGCCAAAUCUCCCGGCACAAUCGGUCCUUAUGUCCCUUUGACAACCUCUCCAAAUGAGACCAUUGCCGCAUAUAUCUACUUCGAUGGCAGGGCCAAAGAGGAAGUGGCUACUCUAUUACGGAAGGGUGAAGAAACGUGGGUCAACUCUCGGUGGGUCAGCGUUCCCGAAAAAGAGGGUGGCGGGCUUGCAGAGAGAGAAUUCUUGUUUCGUGAAGUUGGCCUUGAGCGAUGGUUGAAUGGCCUUGACCUUGAUGGUAAGGAUGCAGCCGCAACCAUCGAAAGACGACGACAAAAAUUGGAGAAGAGAAGACGAAAGAGGAAGGAUGUGGUUGUCAGCGACGAUGAAACAAAUGGCAGUUCAAACGCCACCCGGAGGAGAAAAAGCAUGAUGAGGUAUGGCGAAGACGGCGAUCUCCAAGAUGUGUCCGACCAAGAAGGUUCUUUGAGCGACACUGGAUCCUCUGAUGACGACGAUGACCCCAUUCCAGAAACCGCCGGCCAGAUCAAGGUUGCUCUUUUCCGGGUGUUAGCAUCUGGUGAAAUCAAGCGGGGAGAAUAUUCUCCUCAAUUUGAUGCACAUGAUGACGAUGAAGACUCGGAUAGCAAGGAAGGAGCUACUAAGAAUGGUGACGGUACAGGUCGCGCCGACGUUGACCACACCACUAGCUUCGCAAAACCAAAGACGUUGGACCCCAAAACCAUCUCAACCCAGACUGUCACUGGUAUUGAUCCAACGGACAAACCAUAUGCGGUCUUCACUUUCCUGUAUCGUGGAGAGCGCCAGCUUCAAAAGAUGGGCAUUCUCCCAGGCGCCAAGGCAGAUAAAGCGGCCGCCACCACCAAGAGACGCAGUAUAGUCGCAGAUAUCCCAAAGCUUGGUCCUCUCAAGAAAGAGGGUGGUGCUGGAUUCUCGAAAUUCCGGGACGUAGAAACACGGCAGACGCGGAAGAAUAAGCGGAGUAGUGACGACGAAAUGGAAAGUGAAAGCGAUGAGGAUACCGGCAUUAUUGGCAAGAUGGAAGACAUCAACGAUGCGGACAUCAAAAAGGAGUCUGGCAUGCUGUCUCCUGAAGAUGCUGAACGUACAGGCCAAGUGGCGGAGGGGAUCCGUAAAAUGAAGCUCAAACGGCAACAUUCUGCCGAGCCGCUGAAUAGUAAUGGUGUGACCGAGGCACGUAAGACUUCAAAGUCUGGAAGCCCUUCAGCCGCCUCGACGCCCAAAGUCGGAGACGAGCUGGGGACUUCCCCAUCUGGAUUCAAUUCAUCAGCCCUUGGAACGAGUUUGGACACCAAAAAAGAAGAGGAGAGCUUUAUGGUUGGGAGUCCGAUGAAGCGUCAGCGGGCAUCCGUUGCGGAAUUCGACGAGGAUAUCAAGAGACGACUAGGCACUGGUUUGUCAGCAUCGUCUAGCACAAUUGGCGAAGUGCUUGGUUCUGGACAACCGCAGUCGUCAUCACCCACGACAAAUCCCUCCGGGCUCCAGUUUGGUGGUGCUUUGGUGAAGGACCCCGUUCAAGAUGACGACGAACUAUGA